AUGCCGCAAGUAGUCAUCAUCGGUGGUGGGCUCGCGGGCCCUGUCCUGGCUUUGGCCUUGAAUAAACAGGAAAUUUCCAGCGCCAUAUAUGAGCUGCGGCCCCGCACGUACAGGUCGGGAGGCAACAUUGCCAUAGCACCCAACGCUGCUCGAGUGCUCAACAACAUUGGUGUUUACGGUCGACUACGCACCCAAGGCUUCAACUAUGAAGAGAUCUCCUUUGAGAACGGUUCGGGAAAUGUGCUAGGGAAGUUUCUGAAUGGAAGUCAAAAGCAGUAUAACUUUGCUGCUCUCCGCAUCAAACGAUCUAUUGUGCACGACGAACUUUUGGCCGCCUGCGAGCGACGCGGUAUUCCUGUUCACUAUGAGAGAAAAUUCAAGGGCAUUGCUUCAGAAACGGAUCAAGGUGCGACUGCCUUGUUCGAAGAUGGAGAGGAAGUCACGGCUGGAUUUGUUAUUGGAUGUGAUGGUAUUCACUCAAAGGUGAGAAACCAUAUCGAAGCUGUCCAGCCGGUUUUCAGUGGCCUGAUGGGCAUCAUGGGCUCUACAAUGGAGGCAGAACUUACCUCGAUGCAUGCAGAAUCGCACCCUUCUCUCCCUUCCAUGAUGUUUGGCGCCAAUGGCUCUUUCGCCAUCAUGCCAUCCAGCUUCGACGGCAAGAACAUCGGAUAUUUUGCUACUAUUGAAGCGGAAGAUCGCAGUCAGGAGGAAUGGUCUGAGUUGUAUCAGAACAAGUCUGAACUCCACCAAUGGCUCACUGGUCGCUUUGCCUCCUCUACCUCACGUUGGCCGUCUCUAGUCCAAGAGCUUUGCGAGAAAACCCCGCAAGAUACUUUGACAAGCUGGCCAUUUUUCUCGGUUCCAGAACUUCAUAACUGGAAAUCUACUGCCGGACGAGUUAUCGUUAUCGGCGACGCAGCACACGCAAUUCCACCAACUGGCGGCCAGGGAGCAGCUAUGGCAUUCGAGGAUGCUGAAACACUCUCUUACGUACUGGGGCGCCUGAGUGACCUCCGUCUCGCUCAUCCUGGGAGUAGUCACAAGCUGUUUGCGGGAGAAAUUCUCGAAAAGUGGCAGCGUCACCGCCAGGAUCGCAUUGUCAAGGUUUUGGACUUCACUUCCAAGAAUGGAACUCUACGCAAGAGUAGCCCGCACGCAUACGAACAGGCUGCCAAGGAGUGGAUCAUUUGGGCUGCUUUGAAGUUGAUGGGUCCUGAAGCUGGUGCAAAGUGGUUGUAUUCCUAUAACGCGGAGAACGUGCUCGGAGUAAUCGCCUAG